UAUGAUAUGAUAUAACAUAAUAUUAAUAUUAAAUUAUCAAUUAAUAAUUAUUAUAAAUACCAAAUAGCAAUAGAAGAGUACCUGUGAUCAUAAACUAGUGAAUUUUGUCUUAUAAUUUUAAUGUUUGUGAGCUAAAAAAAAAUGUCGAGCAUUUACGCUGAGAAGAAACCAAGUGAUCGGUCCAGGUGGAUAUGCAUUUAUCCAGCAUAUUUGAAUAAUAAAAAAACAUUGGCCGAGGGACGUAUCGUACCGAAAAAAUUUGCGGUGGAAAAUCCUACUUACCAAGAGAUCCUUGAAGUGGUCAAGGCAUCCGGUUUCAAUGCCGAAGUUGAAAACAAGAUGUAUUCCCGUGAAUGUAGCAAGGAAUGGCACUUUCGUGGUCGGAUACGGGUACAACUUAAGAAUGAUGACGGAACACCUUUCAACCAAUCGUUUCCUACAAGAGAAAGUUUGAUGAAACAUUGUGGUGUACAAAUUCCAAAACUAAAAAGUCGUGUGAUGAAAGUAGCUGGCCCUGAACAACAUCAAAACAAAAAUGAACCAAGUGGAAGCAAAAAGAAAAAAGGCCGUAAAUAAAAUAUUAUUGAAGAAAUGAUUUUAUUUAAGGUUCUUUUGUAUUAUUUUAUUUUGUCUUGUUUUUGUGAUGAAUUAAGUUGUGGAAAUUGAUUAUAAUAAAUACAAUGUUAAUUUCAA